AUGAACGGACGCCCUUUAUUAGAGGCCCCUCAGGUAGGUGGCAAUGCCCUCGGCCAUAAACAUAGUCGCCAUGUCGAUUUUACAGGCUCGGGCAUCGACUCAAGCACUCUGGUCAAACAACUCGUAGAAUACCUUGAUGGCCUAGCGGUCCUUGAACAAGACGAUGCCUCGGACGAGUUGAAUCAAGCGUUCGUGUUCCCUGCGGCUCCGUCCCCUCGAGCAACAGACAUCAGUUACCCCGAAAUCGGCCUCAACCACAAACUUGGGCUGCUUCUUACUAAGCUCUCGUCUACUUGUGCCGGUAUGACUUCAACGCCUCCUACGAAACUCCAGAGUCACCAGGCUUGCCUCGAGCAAGUCGACUGCGGAGGAAAAAGUAGCCGUGGUGGCUUCUACCCUACCCCAGAGUCGAGUCCAUCCAUUGCUGCCCACGGCAGCAAGCCUGUGUCCCCGACUAUCCUGAGUGAUAGUAGUAUUGCCUCAACCCAAUUCACAAAGUCAACUACUCCACAGGUCAGCCUCGGCAAGCGUCACGAAGACUUGGACGAAACGACUGCCUCUACUACUCCUCAUGGGCGUUUGGAUGAUAUAAUUCAAAUGGAGCCAACCAUCCCAAAAGCUAUAUCGUCUGACUAUGCCCCUUCGGAACAGAGACAAGGCCUGGAGCAAAUCUUGGGCGACCGACUUCCCCACAACCGCAAUGUUUACAUCCAGGGCUUGCAUCCUACGACGGACGAUAAGCUUCUUGAGAAGUUCGCCCUGCGUUUCGGGUCCAUUGAGUCCAUUAAAGUAUAUACUGAUAGAAUCACUGGAGCUUGCUUAGGCUGCGGCUUUGCCAAGUUUUAUGAGGUCCGAAGUGCCGAAGAAUGUAUCCGGGCAUUUUAUCGUAUGGGCUAUAAGGUCGGAUUUGCAUGCGAGCUUGCCGGCUUCUUCCCGGGAUAUACUUGUGUUUCCUGCAAUAUCCUCCGCGAUAGUCGAGGGGAUUGCCGUGGCGACGGGUUCGUUUCCUUCGACAGUCGUGAAGUCUCCGACGAAGUUAUUCGUGAAUUCCAUGGUACUCUCGUGGGGCCCGGUCAGCGUCGGAUCAGCGUUCGCUACGCCGAAACUCCUGCCCAAAGAGAACUCAGGCGUAUAACGGCCCAACGCCGCCAGACUCGAGUCACAGAGUACAAGCAGGAGCGCGCACCAUCUUAUUUCGUAGACUAA